GAUUUUGUUUUAUUUUAUCUAGAUUUGAUCUCACAUUUGCAUUCUCAUUCAAGUAUACAUUGAAAGGAUACACAUUCAACUAAGUGCACAAAUUCAACUAUACUCCGUGCCUACUCAAAGACAUUCGAGCUCAUACAUCUUCAUACCAUCCCACCUCACUUCACAUCUCACAUCCCACAUCCACCGUGCUCCAACCAUCCAACCACCAAAAAUGCAUAUCUCGAGCUCCCUCCUAACCAUCUCAACCCUGCUCACCCUCCCCCUCACCAUCCUCGCCGAUUUCCACUACGGACUCGUAGAUUAUACUAUCACGACCGCAACAGGUAGAUACGCGAUGAUUUUACCAGCGAGUCAGACGAAUUGCACAGAAGCGUAUGAUUUUUACCCGAAGGGACCUUUUGGGUUUCAGGCGCCGACGGGUCAGGUUCAGUGUAUGUUUUUUUUUGGUUUUUUUCGUGUCGUCUUAUUUAUUGCCUAUUUAAUUGCCUCGUCCUUUAUUUCCCAUUCACCCUUUGUUUUCCUUACCUUACGCCGCUAACAAAUAUGCACAGCCGAUAUCUGCGGUAAAGAAGUAGUACUCAACGUUACCUCCGGCUCUUGGUAUACCCACGGACGGAAUAUUCUAGAGGGGAAUUGUACGGCGGUUAAUACGACGAGUUCGGCUAGUGGAGUUAAAUCUCCGGUUUGUAGUAUUGGGUAUCUUAGUGGGGCUACUUUUACGGAUGUUUGGAGGUGUCCGGGGGAUGUAUGUAGGAGUGAGUUGUAGGAGUGAGGUUUAGGGGUUGGAGGGAUUGGAGGGGGAAGUGGUAUAGAUGUGGAGAUGGGUAUAUAGAGGAAGG